AUGGAAUAUCCUCCACAAUAUCAGCAGCAUAGUCAACAUCCACAUCUGCAGGGCGGCUAUCAAACUUCGCCUCAGAGCGCCGGGCCAGGGACUCUCCAGUCUCCUUCCGGUGCUCAAUCGCACAUGCAGCAACACAAUCCUAACCAGGCUUCCCCCAUCCUACCAUCGCAGACCCAGAAUCAUUACCAACCUCAAAGCGCCAGCGGCGCGCAUCAGUCGAUGGGCUAUCAAUAUGGCAUGGGUCCCGCGAUGACCCAGGGAUAUGGUAUCUCUCCAACCCAGGCCGCUGCGAUGGCAACAGCAGCAGCAUCUGGACAAAUGCCACCACUCUCAUCUGGUGUAAAUAUGCCUCAAGGCUCACAGAUGGGACAACAACGACGAAUGAGCCAGCAUAUUACCAGUCCCCAUGGUCAAGUCUCACAACCGGUAAUGAACCACAACAUACCCAGGCAAUCUGUACCUCCCGCGAUGCCCCCUCCACAACAACCGGUACAAGCCCCCGCCGAAGAAAUUGUUGCUGCAGGAGUCGAAGAGUCGCCUUUGUACGUCAAUGCCAAACAAUUCCAUCGCAUCCUCAAACGACGCGUUGCUCGCCAAAAGCUUGAAGAACAGCUCCGCCUCACCUCCAAAGGUCGCAAGCCCUACCUUCACGAAUCCCGGCACAACCAUGCCAUGCGACGGCCUCGUGGACCCGGAGGCCGGUUCUUGACAGCCGACGAAGUGGCUGCGCUGGAAAAGGGCGAGGCAGGUCCCAACGGCACCCCCACCACCACCAAGAAAGCCGAGAACUCGAGCUCCGGAACCAAGAGGAAAGCUGCAUCUGAUGACAACGAAACACCGAUCAAGAAGUCAAAGAUUGCCAGCGAAAGUGCAGAGGAGGAAGAAGACGAUGAUGGUGAGGAAGACCUGGGUUAG